AUGGCGGAUCACGAGGAGGCUAAUAAGGAGGAAGUCGCGGGAGACGCGGAACGCGACCGGAGUAGAUCGCCGGAAGGCCGUUACCGUCGCAGCCGUCGCCUGGGCGGCUACUCGCCCAGGCGACGAGAAGGCGAGCAUGGGAAUCGCACGCCGUCGCCGGGGUCGCGCUCUCGCAAGCAGGCGUCGCCGGAGAGGAGGAAGAAGCGCGGAUGGGAUCAGGGGCCGGAAGGUGUGGAUCCUGCGAUCGCGUCGGUCAUGGCACACGUGGCAGCCGCUCAGCAAAUCGCCGUCACGCAGACCGCCACCAUGGGCUUUGGCGGAAUGGGCGGGUUCGGCGGCAUGGGUGGGAUGGGGGGGAUGGGGGGAAUGGGUGGCAUGAGCGCGGCGAUGCUGGAUCCCGCGAUGCUGGCGCAGCAGGUGGCGGCGGCGCAGCAGACCGCCGCGGCGAUCACCGCAGCCGCGCAGGAGCAGAAUCUCAUUCCGCCUGCGCCUGCGACGCAAUUCGACGCGGGCGGUUUUGAGUCGUUCCCCCCGCAGCAGCACGCCCCGCAACCGCUGGCGCCGGCGCAGCCUUCCGCGCCCAUGAACCCCGAGCUGGCGCAGCAGCUGCAGGAGGCGCAGCAGAAGGCAGCGGCGGCGUUAGCCGCCGCCGCGCAGGGAAUCCUUCCGCCAAGCCUCACCGGGGGAGCGCCGGGGGCGGGCGCGGAAGGCGCAGGGCUGCUGUCGCAACCAGCGGGGGCGCCGACGCCGUCGUUGGCGCAGCUGACGCGGCCGGCGCGGCGGCUGUACGUGGGGAACGUGGCACCAGCGGUGACGGACAACGAGCUGCUGGAGUUUAUCAACGCGUCCAUGGCGUCCAUCGAAGCCGCGGAGGACGGCCGCAAGCCCUGCAUCGCCGUCACGUCGAACAAGGAGAAGGGCUUUGCGUUCGCGGAGUUUGAGAAGCCCGAGGACGCUACCAUCGCGCUACAGCUGGACGGCAUCGUGCUGCACGGCGUGGGGCUCAAGAUCCGCCGCCCCAAGGACUACAACCCCAUGCACGUGCCCGGGUCAGAUGCAAACGCCGUAGCGCUCGGAGGGGGCGUGCCCAAGCCAGUGGCAGCUGCAGCAAAGGAGGUCAUUACCAAUGUUGUGCCGGACGGGCCUAAUAAGUUGUUCAUUGGCGGUAUCCCGCCAGUGUUAUCAGCUGAAAAGAUCCGGGAGGUGCUGUCAGCGUUUGGGCAGCUGAGGGCAUUCCGCAGGGAGCUGGAUCUAAACUCCAAGCCCCCACGUGCAUUUGCAUUUGCUGAGUACAUGGAUCCGAGUGUGACGAGUGCAGCACAGGCGGGGCUGAACGGGCUGCCUCUGGGCCACCAGUCCAUCCUCUCUGUCGUCAGAGCCACUCCAGAUGCGCCUGAAGAGCCUCCUCCUGACGCCACUCCUACGUAUUCCAUUCCUGAGGAGGCUAAACCGCUCAUGCAGACCCCCACACGCAUUUUGGAGAUCUGUAACCUGAUGACAAAGAAGGAGCUCAAGGCGAUGAGCGAGGAGGAGUUUGAGGACCUGGAGGAGGACAUUCGCCUCGAGUGCAAGCGGUUCGGCACGGUCAAAUCGCUGCACAUUGUUUGUCCCAAGGAUGUCACUAAUCCGGAUGACAGUGACAGUGACGAGGAGGAGGAGAAGGAGGAGAAGGAAGAGGUGAAGGAAGAGGUGAAGGAGAGAUUGGAAGGGAUUAAAGAGGAGGUGGAAAAGGAAGAGGAGGCGGAGGUGAAAGGUGAAGAGAAAGUGGAGGUGAAGGAGGAAGUGAAAGAGGUGAAGAAGGAAGAGGAAGAGGUGAAAGAAGGGAAGGAACAGAAGGAAGGGGAAGUGAAGGAGGGAGAGCAGGGAGCAGCUGCAAGCGAUGCGGGUAAGGAAGUGAAAGCAGAGCCAGUGGAAGAGGAGAAAGAUGUUGCAAAGGGGGAAAGUCAGGGUGGGGGUGAUGGGAAGGGUAAGAAGGAGGAGAGUAAGGAUGAGGAAAUGAAGGAUGUUGAGGUAGCGGCGGGUGAAGAGGUAGUGGAGGCGGAGAAGGUGGAAGGAGCAGCGGAGGGAGGUGCUGUAGCAGAAGAGGAGGAUGAUGUGAAGGAGGUGGUUAAGGAUGAGAAGGGUGGAGAGGAGGGAGGAGAGAAGGAGGGAGAGAAGGAAGGAGGAGAGGAGGACGCAGAGAAGGAAGGAGGAGUGAAGGAGGGAGGGGAUGAGGAGAUGAAAGAAGCAGAGGAGGCAGCUGAGGGCAAGGGCGAGAAGGAUGGGGCGGAUGGGGAAGGGAAGGCAGAGGAGGAGGUUGGGGAAGGUGCGGAUGCAGCAGGAGAUGCUGUUGUUGAGGUCGCUGAGGCUGUUGUUGAGGUGGCUCAAGCCAAGGAGGAGGAGAGGGAGUCGGAUUCGGACAGUGAUGUGGUGGAGGUGGUGCCUGAGACAGGAGAGGAGGUAGAGAAGGGAGAGAAGGAAGAGGAGGAGAAGGGAGAGGAGGAGAAGGGGGAGGAAGAGGUGGAGGAGGUGGAGGGUGGUGCGCGUGCGUCUGAGAAGAGUGGUGAGGCGGAAGGGCAGGCGCUGGAUGGGUUGGCGGAUAUUGCUGCUGCUGCUGCUGCUGAGACGGCAGGAGAAGAGACAGGGGCUGCAGGAGCAGGAGCAACGGGAGCAGCAGCAGCGGACAAGGAGGGCGGUGCUGAGGGAAAGGAGGCUGAGGGUGGGGGAGGGUUUGACCUUGAUCUGAAUGUGACCGUAGAGGGGGAGGAGGAGGGUGGGAAGGGUGUAGGUGGGGAGGCGGAGGGGGUGAAAGAGGAGGCAGAAGGGGGGAAGGAAGGGACAGAAGGGGGUAAGGAGGAGGUGUAUGAGACGGCUUCUGAGGAUGAAGGGGAUAAGAGAGAGGGAGGGGAGGAGGCUAAGGCGGAGGAGGGUAAAGGGGGGGAAGAGAGUGGGAAGGAGGGAGAGGGUGAGGGGAAAGCGGAGGAGGGGAAAGAGGAGAAGCAAGAGGGGAAAGGUGAGGAGAAGGAUGGGAAGCAGGAGGCGGACACCGAGGAGGGAGCAGCAUGGGGGAGUGCCGUGAAGGAGGGAGAAGGCACAGAAGCACCAGCAGAGGUGGCCUUUCCUGUCCCUGUGCGCAUGCCUGCUCCCGGGCCCCCUAUGCCCCUCAUCCCAGGAGUCACCUUCCCCGCCCCGUUCCGCCCCCCUAUCCUCGUCCCCCCAGGCACAGAUGUACCUCCCCCAGGUGUCGCCACCCCAGCUGUUACUCUUGCUGCUCCAGGGUCUAUCCGCUUCCCUGCACCGUUUGCCCCUGGUGCUCCUCCCCCUGCCGCUGGCAAGGGGUUGCUGGGGCACCAGCCGGGGCAGGUGGGGAAGCCUGGAGAAGCAGUGGCGUCGCUGGCCGUCCAAGCUUCCGCGUCUGCACAACAAGCCCAGGAUGGCUGCAUCACGAACUUUGAUCCUACCGUGAACUAUUUCCCGGACCAGUACCAGGACGAGCCGUUCGCUCUGCCGAUCAGCCAGACUAUCGUGGACAAUGCGAAUGACUUCACGGUGCAGUACGGUAACUACUACAAGGUCGUUAAGAACAGCUAUGACGAUACCACCUACGUCCUCUAUCAGUGUGGAGCUGUCAAGCCUUCGAACUUCCCUGCUGCGACCACCCGGUUCUUUGAGAUCCCCCUGAAGGGUUUCGCUGUCGACUCGUCAGUUGCAGUUAGCUUCGUCCAGAUGCUGGGUCUGACCGGCCUUCUCAACGAGACGAGCAGCUACUCUGUAGCUCCAUGCGUUCAGAAGCUUGUGGCUGACGGUGCUAUGAAGCUCUUCAAUGAGAGCGAUGGUCUUUUCCCUGGUACGGUCUUUACGGGAAUGAACAACAUGAAGCCGUUUCCCAAGAACUACGUCUCGCUCGACACGUCGACCGACCCUGGGCCUCUGAAGCGCGCGGAAUGGAUCAAGUACAUGGCUCUGUGGUUCAAUGCUGAGUCGCGCGCCUCGGAAGUCUACUCUGACAUCGAGACGUCGUACAACUGCUUGAAAGCAUCUGCUCCGAAAACCUCCACGCCGAUGGUUGGCUGGCUGAGCUAUUUCAUGGAUUCGUGGACCGUCUCUGGUGCUACGUACAAGCUUCAGUACGUUGCGGACGCUGGUGGUGUGAGCCCCGCCAAGGCGUUUCUGAGGACCUACAACAUGUCUGUUCCAUCUGAUAAGAAGGCUUUCCAGACACUGCUCGCGACACUUGAUAUUGUCAUCGACGAGACCUACCUGAUGACUGGCCCGUCUGGCUACAGCAUUGAUGCUUUUGCCACGAAUGCUGGCAUCUCUGUCACUGAUACCGCCACCUACAAGUUCCUUGCCACUCCCAAUGUCUGGAGCAUGUAUGGUCGCGCCACUGGAGCCCCCAACUACGCCACUGACUGGUAUGAGAGCGCCAUUGCUCAGCCCCAGGUGGUCCUUGCUGAGCUGAUUUCCAUCAUGCAUCCUGGCAAUGUGGCUGUUCCCGAGAAGUACUAUUUCUACAAUGUUGCUCAGUUGGAGACGGGUGCUGUGGUCACUGCAGCCAACUGCACAACCCUGGACCCCACGGAGGUUGUCAACCCCAUCAUCCCUGCCUGCUCAGCUAUCGUUACUCCUGAGCUUCCCGGAACGGCAUCCCCUCCAGCUACCCCUCCUAGCUCAUCCCCUCCUAGCUCACCUCCUCCCUCACCCACUCCCAGCUCGCCCUCACCACCUGCCCCCAAGGCUGCUGCCUCCUCUGGCUCCCUGCUUGGUGCUGGUCUAGCUGCCCUUAUUGCUGCUGCUAUGGCUGCACUUGUCUAA